CUCUUAUUGUGAAGUGUCUGGAGACUGGGUUUAUUCGGGCAAUGUGUGUGUGUGACACAGAGCAACAAGAAGACCAGAGAACAGAAAUAUAGCAAACAGAAGUACAGAUGCUUUACUGUGUUUGUCAGUUCUACAUGGACUUUUGAAUGGGAUUUAUGAACUGACUGAUCAUAAGAUUCAUAUCUCGGAGAUGGAGAAGCUGUUUGCCAAAGCUCUUUAUGACAACACAGCCGAAACCGAGGAUGAACUGGCCUUUAGCAAGGGUGACAUCAUCAUUGUGCUGGAGAAGAACGUGGCUGAGAGCACCGGCUGGUGGAAGUGUGCUCUUCAUGGACGUCAGGGCCUGGCACCAGCAAACCGCCUGGCUCCGCUUUCCUCAGCAGAGGCUGAGAAACAUUGUAUGAACUUGGGUACAGAGAGGGACUACUCGAGCAACCACUGCCAACAGAACAUCUAUCAGACUCCAAAAGCUAGCAGGCCACCAGUGAUUCCGAUUUAUGAAGAAAUGAGUACAAUAUAUAAAGUGCCCCCUCAAGCUGCCUCUUCACAAGAUAAGCACACGACACAAUUGGAUCUAGAAGGAACCAGGCCUUCUCAUGACACUUUAACAGCCAGAGUUGGUACAGAAAUAUAUGAUGUCCCAAGCCUGGUGAAAAAACCCUCCUUGUUCAGAUCAUCUACACUGCAGCAUUUGGAAGGGAAUACAUCAGUGACAUCAAACACAGACUUUCAUAAUAGAUAUGAACUGUUGCACAGUGCGAGAUGUGCGACUGCAACCAAGAAAAAAGUCGCCAUAUUACCCCCAAUGACUUCCCAAGACCCCAAUUAUGACGUCCCAGUGCCCUCCAUCAGUGAGGAUAUUAAAAAGCCUCUAUGUGAUUAUACUACCAUGCCAAAACCCUGUAAGUCUGAAUGGAUUUAUGACGUGCCUGUUUUCCCCCAAAAACAAGGAUGUGAACCCAAAACUAUGAAUUCAAACAAGCCGCUUUAUGACACUUUGCCAAAUCACAGCUGGCCUGAAAACAGGCAUGGCCCCAUCCAGCCCCUCUAUGACAUCCCUAAACCGAGCACUGCAGUGGUGCAGUCUUGUACAGAUACUGGGAAUGCAACAAAUUCAUGCAUCUACGAUGUCCCACCUUGCCUUAAACAAACAGAGAGCCCUGUAGUGUUACCCAGAAAGCAAAGCCCUCCUGAAACAGACUCUAAAAAGACCCAUGAAUCUCUUGAGUACAGUGAUAAACCUGGACCCAUGUAUGACCAACAUCACCGUUGGCCCUUGAGGGGCAGAACAGUGUCCAGGCAGCCUGUGGAUGAGACGAUUAGAAGGGACGAUGAGGACAACAAAGACCACCAGAGGAGCUCAACAGUGUCCACCUCCUCCACAGCUUCCAGUUCUUCCAGGAGCUCAUGCGACUCUUUCAUGCUGAGUUCUCCUGAACCUGAGCCCUUGCGUGAGGUCACACUUUCACAGGAGGAAGCCAGCAACAGGUUGCUUGAGCUGCAAGAAGCAGUGUGCCAAUCUGUGCCCAAGCUUAUGCUGUUCGUCAGCAGCCAGUGGAGAACCAAAGAGCAUCUGAGUCAGCACCUCCAUCAGAUCCACAUGGCCACGGAAGACGUGACUGACUCUGUCACCUGCUUCUUGAACUUCGCCUUGGAUGUCAGAGGUAACGCACAGCGACUGACAGACCUCAACCUGCGGACCAGGCUUCUGAAGCAGCUCUCCAUCGUUGAAGACUCGGGCUUGAUCCUUCAGCAGGCUGCAAGGACUCUGCGAGAUCUGGGCUGGCUACUAGAUACGCUAGCUCAGGAUGACAGCCAGCCACAGACGCCUGACGACUUGGAGCGCUUUGUUAUGGUGGCUCGAACCAUACCAGAGGAUGUGAAGAGGCUGGUAUCCAUCCUGAAUGCAAAUGGAAAGCUUCUUUUCAGAGUCCGGGCUAAGGAACCAGAAGUGGUGGAGAAUAUACGCCCGUCUGAAAGGAGAAGUCACAGAAAAAGUGAACCAAUGGUAGACUCAGGAAUAGAUGAAAGUGACUAUGUACAACUUCAGACAAAGACAGAGUUCGACCAACAACCAAAGCCAGCAAAAAGCAGUUUUAAAUCGAAGAAGAAUGGUGAUAGCUUGAAAAAACAGGUUUCCAAAUCACAGUCCAUUAACCCCUGCAGUCCACUCCAGACCCCCAUCUCUGACCACUGCCGGCUGUAUUUUGGAGCUAUUCAGAAGGCCAUCACCGUGUUUAUAAGUAGCCUGAAUGAUGGACAGCCCCCUGAAACGUUCAUCUCCCACAGCAAGCUGGUCAUCAUGGUGGGCCAAAGACUCGUGAACACUCUGUGUAGUGAAGCUAAAAAUCGAGAGGCCAGCAGGGAAAUGUUGUCUAUGAGCAAUCAGCUGUGUGCCCAUCUCAAGCAACUGGCCAUGGUGACCAAGAAGGCAGCUUUGAACUUCCCUGACAAACUGGCUCUCCAGGAGGUGCAGGACAUUGCCAGAGAGCUGGCUCAAAAGGCACAACACUUCAGAGUAUCACUGGACGACUGAGCAGCAGUUUGCCAUCUGUUUGCCCAGUUUAUCGUGUGGAGGUGGUCUGGUGAAGACAACAUGGUAUUUGUGAAAUAUCUCAAUUUGUGUGAUUUGUAUGUGAGUGUAAACUAGCCACCCUUAAAACAAGCUCCUUUUUUUGUUCAACCUGUUAGUCUGGAUGAGGAGGCAGUGUUAAAGGUUACAAAGGGAAAACUUUUAAUUAUAACCUCAAAUAACAACAUGGUGUGUGCAAAUACCAGUUAAGGUGUUUACAUAUAGAUAUUAAAAGUCUGUUGCAAUCAGGUUUGGCUGUCACAGUUAAAAAAUGUAUAUAUCCGAUAAAAGAACAUUGUUUGAAGUGUUUGCAUGGACUUACAGUAUGUCGUUGUUGGGUUAUUAUGCGAUCUCUGUGUCAUUGUGCAUGUAAACACAUGAAGACAAAGCAGAAAACGUGCUAGUUGCUGUGCAGAUGUUAAAGUAACAGUUCACCCAAAAAUGGAAAUUCUGUCAUAGAAUGUUAAUUUUUGGAUAAACUGCUCUUUUUAAAAACAGCAAUACAGUAACAGUCUUAAACAUGAUCUGGGCAUCUAUUAGUCUUAUUCUUUGUGGUGUUCUCAUUCUGCCAAACCUCAUAUUGCACUUUUAUAAUGCCCGACACUGUAUAAAGAUUUUUGGUCGUAAUAAAUAGACAAAAUGUAUGUAGAUGACUAUAUUAUGUGUCUGAAAAUUCAGUGUUUGAGCAAAAUGUAAAUAUUUCCUCAAUACAAUGAAUGUUCAUUUUUUUGUAUAAUUUGUCAGUGUUCUAGUUUUCAAUAUUCACACACUGUGAGAAUAUAGAAUUCUGUUUUUUUCACAUAUAAUUAUGUCUGUGAAAAUAUUUCUUCUAGACACAAAUAAAAUGUUAAUUAUCAACAGUU